AUGGGAAGUGGAAUUAGUUCAGAGAGCAAGGAGUCAGGCAAAAGAUCAAAAGAACUGGAGAAAAAGCUUCAGGAAGAUGCUGAGCGAGAUGCAAGAACUGUAAAGUUGCUGUUAUUAGUUUCCUCCAAAUACAUCAAUGUAGAAUUUGCACCUAAGGAAGCAGAAUUCAAGGAGAAACUGAGCAAAGACCAAAGACAACUUUAUGCGAUAACAAAUACCCUGGAAGAUGGCAGCAUGAUGCCUGAAUUGGCUGAGGUAAUAAAACGACUGUGGAGAGAUCCAGGGAUUCAGGCCUGCUUUGAAAGGGCAUCUGAAUAUCAGGUCAAUGACUCAGCAGCUUACUACCUGAACGAUUUGGACAGAAGAGCAGCUCCUGGCUAUGUCCCAAAUGAGCAAGAUGUUCCACAUUCUCAAGUGAAAACAACUAGAAUCACUGGAACUCAAUUCUCCGUUAAAGACUUGCAUUUCAGAAUGCUUGAUGCAGGUGGACAGAGAUCUGAGAGAAAGAAAUGGACCCUCCUUGAAGGAGUUACAUGAAUUAUAUUUUGUGCUGCAGUCAGUGCCUAUGAUAUGCUCUUGGUGGAAGAUGAAGAAGUGAACAGAAUGCAUGAAAGCCUUCACCUGUUCAACAGUAUCUGUAAUCACAAGUACUUUGCAACCACCUCCAUUGUCCUGUUUCUCAAUAAAAUUCUCUUUCAAGAAAAAGUAACCAAAGGGCAUCUUGGUAUCUGCUUUCCAGAGUACACUGGUCCAAAUACAUUUGAAGAGGCAAGGAACUACAUCAAGAACCAGUUUCUAGACCUGGAUUUUAAAAAAGAUAAGGAAACUUAUUCCCACAUGACCUGUGCUACAGAUACUCAAAACGUCAAGUUCGUGUUUGACGCUGUUACAGAUAAUAAAGAGAAUCUGAAAGACUGUGUGCUCUUCUAA